AUGCCUCCAUUCAGUUCUCAACAGUCCGAGGCUCCAUCCCAACCUCAGGACACACCUGUGGAGCGUAUGGUGAGAAGGAAAUGGACGCUGGGUGAUGACGAGGUUCUGAUUAGCGCGUGGCUAAACACAUCAAAGGAUGUUGUUGUCGGAAAUGACCAGAAGUCAAAGACCUUCUGGAAACGCGUAGAUGAAUACUUUGCAACAACUCUUCAUGAGAACAUAGAGAAUGUUCAUUGUAAGCAGAGGUGGCACAGAAUCAAUGAUCAGACGAACAAGUUCUGUGCCGCAUUCGCAGCUGCAGAGAGACAAAUAACCAGCGGUCAGAGUGAGAAUGACGUUCUAAAGGUUGCUCAUGAAAUCUUCUACUCAGAUCAGGGACACAAGUUUACCCUCGAGCACGCGUGGUGUGUCCUGCGCUAUGAACAAAAGUGGAUAAGCCUGAACACACCUAAGACGGCCGGUUCAAAGGGAAAGGGUGGUGAGGUGAGUUCCCAACCUUCAUGCGAACAUGUCGGUGAGGUCAGUUCCCAAUCUUCUAUGCGUCCUGAAGGUAUCAAGGCUGCGAAAGCAAGCAGGAAUGGUAGUAAGGGAAAGGCUAUUGAGGACUAUAAGAGCCUUUUGGAGCUCAAGAUGGAAGAUUUGGCGAGGAAGGAGAAACUGUCGAAGCUGGCGAUAUUAGACACUCUCCUUACUAAGAAGGAUCCACUAAGCGAGAGUGAAGAAACUGUCAAGAACAAGCUGUUGGCCGAACUCUUCUAG